AUAAUAGAAAUUUAGACUUGAUAAAUAUUUAUAUGACAGGCAAUAGAAUUAAGAAAAUUGGCCAAAUGGACUUUGAGCGACUCACCAAAUUGCAACAACUCUAUUUGGACAACAAUGAAAUAGCCACGAUAGAAGAAGGUGCUUUUGAAGCUCUAAAAGCUCUCGAAGUUUUAAUUCUUGCGAAUAAUUUGUUGUUUCGCUUGCCGGGAAAUCUUUUUGACCAACAAAGUAAAUUAGUAAUUUUGUGGUUAAGUGGAAAUAACAUGGUUUAUUUCCCUAUACCUGGAUGGAACGAAGAAACAGGAGAAAUUUCCAGUACUUCCACUCUUGGUAAAUUGCGUAAAUUGCAUAUCGAUAUGAAUCCUCUUCAGUGCCAAUGUGUUGACCUAAUUAAAUCCUGGGCUAAAUUGAAGAAUAUUAGAUUGGGAAUUGAUAAUGAUUACGUGAAGAAUGGCCUUCAACCUGCGUGUAUUAUCAACGAUCAAGGAUGCAGGACAGACAUUGGAAAAGACUUUAUUCACAACUACUGGCAUCUAUUUAACAAUGAAACUUACAUAAAUAUGCUGUAUAAAGAAGAAGAUGAAAGAUCUCCGGCUUUUUGGAUUAUACAGAGAGUAUUUGAAAGUCUUUUUGAUUUGUAGUUUAUUCAAAAAUUUAAUAAAAAAAAAAGCUUUCAUAAAUUAGGAAAUAAAUCAAUCUAAAUUUCUGAGUUAUUUGCUUGAGGUUUUGUAUUACUACAUCUACAUAAGGCUAAAAAAAAAUGAAUGUAGUUAAGAGAAUGAUAAGAGAGUUUAUGCAAAAGAUCAUUGAAUUAGAUUAAACACGAAUUUUUCACGACA